AUGGCUAAUAUCCGCAAGGCUGACUUUAUAUAUCAGCUUAUUGUUGCUACUGUACUUUUCGCCCCCAAAGGAAGUUCUUUCGUGGGUAUGAUGGUGGUUUCUAUUGUAAGGGUGCAAUGCAGUGAGGAUGCAGUGAGAAUAGAAUGGAGAUGUUAUAUUAUCUCCGUACGUAGUUAA